AUGGCUGAUUUCUACGAUCCACGAUAUGACGAUUUUGAUAUUGAACCGUUGUUACAAAACGACAGGAUCCUACAGGGCUAUACAAAAUGUUUUCUUGAGGAAGGUCCGUGCACACCAGAGGCAAAAGACUUCAAAAAAGCAAUACCUGAAGCACUGGAGUCUUCUUGUGGAAAAUGCAGUCCGAAACAAAAACAAUUAAUAAAGAAGGUUAUAAAGGCUGUUAUGAAUUCGCAUCCAGAUGUCUGGGAACAACUUGUGAGCAAGUACGACAAAGACAAAAAAUAUCGAGAAGAAUUCGAUAAGUUUUUAAAAGAAGAUUGA